UAAAUGCCAGCUCGGGGCCACCACAAAGGCCGAGCCCCCAACCCCUACCCCGGCCCUUCAUUUCGACUGAUCUACAUCGCCAUCAGCAAAGACGAGAGGUCAUGGCGACGGCGGAGGAGGUCGGCAAUGGACUGGAGUUCUUAUCAGAUCUGGUGGAUAGGUUCUCCUUGCUGGAUCUUGCAUCAAUCGAUUUCAAUCCAGCGGGUGAACUGGAUACUUGUUUUACACAGUCAGCUGUUGAAUCGAGCAUGGGAGAUAUUGGCGACGCUCCGCUUACAAUCCAGGUCGCUGAGAACAACGGCUGCGAGGAACUGAGCUUGUCGGCGGCCGAUUCACAACAAUCAACAAGAAAAGAUGACCGUCGGGCCCCUGGGUGGACAAAAAGGGUUCAUAUUGGGCGAGCCCCUCUCGAGCGUCCACCUUGUGCUGGAAGAGUAUGUGCCCUUGAGAAAACAUUAAGAGGAUAUGCGGAAAAGAGAACAAAUACCGUUGUAGUACCAGCUGUUGGAUACAACUUCGGUUCAUUGGGGGAGGCGUACGACUUCUAUAACCUAUAUAACCUAUAUUCGUGGGAAAUUGGAUUGGGAAUAAGAUACGGAAAAAGUAGGCUCAACGUCGAGAGAACCAAAUGUAUGCAAGAGAUAGUAUCUGGAUGCUCGGUGAACACACCACUGGAGUUCCACGCUAGCAGGAUCUACACUCGAGCUAUGUUUGAGAAUUUUGGUGAGGUCCUGUAUGAAGCAGGACAAUACAGGGUAGAAGUUAAAAAUGGUUCGAAAUAUUACUUACACCGGUACCACCCAGAGAGAUACGAGAAGUAGUGUAGAGUACUGUACAUACUACAUAGUGCAUGUUGUCGCUGAGGAUGAAGAACUCUCAUGUGAAUGUGGUAACUUCAAGCGCACAUGACUGUAUGCUGCCGUUCAGUUAAGGUUCUUGAUUUCUUGGGUAUAGACAAAAUUCCAUCAAAGCAUAUCCUCAAAAGGUGGACAAAAGAUGCAAGAGAUAUACUUCCAACCCACUUGUCACACCUACAAAGAGACAAGAUUUCAGCAGACAUUCAAAUUUUUAUACACAUGCUUUAGAGGUUGUAAAACUUGGUGAUGCAAAUCCAAUUGCAUAUGAUUGUGCGAUGGAACUCUUAGGGCAGCAAUGGAUAAACUAACAUAUUUAGCUGCUGAGCAUGAUGGUUUGGGUUUGCAACACAUGAUUGAAAUGAAGAAGACAAAAGGUACAGAACUGACUCUCUUCCAAGGAGCACAACAUGGACACAUGAGCGAUGAUGAAGGUAGCGCCGUCAAAUAUUUCAUUGGAUUAUCAGCUCCAGAACAAAAACACAAGGCCGGUCGACCAACAAACAGCAGAGACAAGCCUCCAUAUGAUGACCGAUCUGCAAAGAGCAAAAAAAAAUAAGGUCACAUCAUAAGUUGAUACAGGUAUUGGAUGCAGUACAAGCAAACGAACACGGUUCUACACACUAUAUGCCGUGGCCCUGGUCACAAGAGCACAACGUGUCCCCUAAGAGGGGACACUCCUCAAAAGAAAAGGAAAGAAUCAAAAUGCUCAAUCUGCGGAGUGGGAGGGCAUCGAAAGAACACCUGCACAUGGAAAGCAACCUACUCAUGAUCCUGUUAUCGAACCAUGAGUAAUCUAUACAAGCAGCUAGCAUAUUUACCCUGUAUCCUGACUGCUCCCUACCAUGCACCUGAAAUACUUAUGUACUGUCAUCUUAGUAAUAUGUAUUUGCGUGAGCCCCUGAGCUGUCUAGAUGUGUUGUUUAAAACUAUUUCAUGCUUCAUGGUCCUGUAACAAAUAUCUCAGAUUAAUCUCCAUGUGCUACUGAUGACAUAUUCAUCUACUAUCCAUUACAUA